CGUUCGCCCCCGGCAGCGGCGCUGCGUCACCGGCGUUGGGCGGCAGCUCCAGGAGUCGCGAAAGGUGCGGGCCCCGGCCCGGGUGUGCGGUCCUGGCGGCGCGAUGCGGCGCAGCAAGGAGGACGUGGACCGGUACAUCGCCUCGGUGCUGGAGUCCGCGCCGUCGCCGCGCGAGAAAUCAUUGAAAGGAUUUUAUUUUGCGAGGCUCUACUAUGAAGCUAAAGAAUAUGAUCUUGCUAAAAAAUAUGUGUCUUCAUAUAUUAAUGUGCAAGAGCGGGACCCCAAAGGCCACAGGUUUUUGGGUCUUCUUUAUGAAGCAGAAGAAAAUGCUGACAAAGCCGUUGAAUGUUAUAAGCGUUCAGUGGAUUUAAACCCAACGCAAAAAGAUCUUGUGUUGAAGAUUGCAGAGUUGCUGUGUAAAAAUGAUGUUACUGAUGGAAGAGCAAAAUACUGGGUUGAAAAAGCAGCAAAACUUUUCCCUGGAAAUCCUGAAGUUUAUAAGUUAAAGGAACAGCUUUUAGAUUGUAAAGGUGAGGAUGGAUGGAAUAAACUUUUUGACUUGAUUCAGUCCGAACUUUAUCUAAGACCUGAUGAUGUCUACAUGAAUAUCCGGUUAGUGGAACUGUAUCGUUCAAAUAAGAGAUUAAAGGAUGCAGUGGCCCACUGCCGUGGGGCAGAGAAACAUGCAGCUCUACGUACAAAUCUGGAGUGGAAUUCAUGUGUUGUGAAGACCCUUAAGGAAUAUCUGGAAUCUUUACAGUGCUUGGAGUCUGACAAAGGUGACCGGCGAGCAGUGAGCAAGGACUUGCUCCUGGCCCAUACUAGCCUGAUGCUCCUUACACUUUCCACCAGAGACGAGCAGGAGGUCAGGGAGCUGCUGGAGAGUUUUGAUAGUGUCCUUCAGUGUGUGAAGCCUUCAGUGGGGGGGAAUGACGAGCUGUCAGUUGUCUUCCAAGAGGUGAAAGGACACUUCUACCUGCACGCCGGCUCCUUGCUGUUGAAGAUGGGUCAACACAGUGACAUCCAGUGGCGAGCCCUCUCCGAGCUGGCUAUGUUGUGCUAUCUCAUAGCAUUUCAGAUUCCAAGACCAAAGAUUAAAUCAAUAAAAGGAGAAGCUGGACAAAAUCUUCUGGAUAUGAUGGCCCAUGAUCGUUUGAGCCAAUCAGGGCACAUGUUGCUAAACUUAAGUCGUGGCAAGCCGAAUCUUAUAAAGGAGAUUGUAGAAUCUUUUGCCAAUAAAUGUGGGCAGGCUGCUCUGUAUGAUGCUCUGUUUUCUAAGUCUCCCAAGGAGAACUCUUUCCUUGUCAGUGAUGACAUUGGAUACAUUGAUGUGCGAGCACCUGGGCCUGAUGAGUUGGCUCGAUAUGACAUUGGUGCCAUUCGAGCCCAUAAUGGAAGCCUCCAGCACCUGACCUGGCUGGGCUUACAGUGGCAUUCACUGCCUGCUGUGCCUGCAUUUCGAAAGUGGCUAAAGCAGCUUUUUCAUCAUUUGCCUCAGGAGACAUCAAAGCUUGAAACAAAUGCACCUGAAUCAAUAUGUAUUUUAGAUCUUGAGGUGUUCCUACUUGGAGUCAUAUAUACCAGCCACUUACAGUUAAAAGAGAAGCACUACUCCCACCGCAGCCACUACUACCCCCUGUGCCUGCCACUUCCCGUGUGCAAGCAGCUCUGUGCAGAGAAACAGAAAUCAUGGUGGGACGCAGUUUCUGCUCUCAUUCACAGAAAGGCAGCACCUGGAAAUGCAGCAAAAUUGCGACUUUUAGUUCAGCAUGAACUAAUUACCCUCAGAGGCCAGGAAAAGCAUGGCCUUCAGCCUGCUCUGCUUGUGCACUGGGCAAAAUACCUCCUGAAGACGGGCAGCAGUCUCAAUUCUUUUUAUGAUCAACGGGACUACAUAGGCAGAAGUGUUCAUUAUUGGAAGAAAGUUUUACCAUUGUUGAAGAUAAUAAAAAAGAAGAAUAGUAUUCCUGAACCUAUUGAUCCUCUGUUUUUACAUUUUCAUAGUGUGGACAUUCAGGUCUCAGAAACAGCUGAAUAUGAAGAAGAGGCACACAUCAGUUUUGCUAUAUUUGAGGCAGUUAAUGGAAAUAUAGAAGAUGCUCUGACUGUUUUUGAAUCUAUUAAAAGUGUUGUUUCUUACUGGAAUCUUGCACUGAUUUUUCAUAGGAAAGCAGAAGACAUUGAAAAUGAUGCCCUUUCACCUGAAGAACAAGAAGAAUGCAAAAAUUAUCUGAGAAAGAGCAGGGACUACCUAAUAAAGAUUUUAGACAACAGUGAUUCAAAUCCAUCAGUGGUCCAGAAACUGCCAGUGUCCCUGGAAUCGGUGAAGGAUAUGCUGAACUCAGUCAUGCAGGACCUGGAGGACUGUAGUGAGGGAGGUCAACUGUAUAAAAACGGGAGUUUGCGAAAUGCAGAUCCAGAGAUCAAACAUUCUACCCCGUCUCCCACCAAAUACUCUCUGUCACCAAGUAAAAGUUAUAUGUAUUCUCCCAAAACACCACCUCGAUGGGCUGAAGAUCAAAAUUCUUUGCUGAAAAUGAUCUGCCAACAAGUAGAGGCCAUUAAAAAAGAAAUGCAGGAACUGAAGCUAAAUAGCAGUAAUUCAGCAUCUCCACAUCACUGGCCAGCAGAGAAUUAUGGGCCAGACCCAAUACCUGAUGGGUAUCAAGGAUCACAGACUUUUCAUGGGGCUCCACUCACAGUUGCAACUACCGGCCCUUCAGUAUAUUAUAGUCAGUCACCAGCAUAUAAUUCCCAGUAUCUUCUCAGACCAGCAGCUAAUGUUACUCCCACAAAGGGUCCAGUUUAUGGCAUGAAUAGGCUUCCGCCCCAACAGCAUAUUUAUGCCUACUCACAACAGAUGCACACACCACCGGUGCAAAGCUCAUCAGCUUGUAUGUUCUCUCAGGAAAUGUAUGGUCCUCCGCUGCGUUUUGAAUCUCCUGCAACAGGAAUUCUUUCACCCAGGGGUGAUGAUUACUUUAAUUACAAUGUUCAGCAGACAAGUACAAAUCCACCUUUGCCAGAACCAGGAUAUUUUACAAAACCUCCAGUUGGAGCUCAUGUGUCACGAUCUGCAGAGUCUAAGGUUCUAGAGUUUGGAAAACCAAAUUUUGUUCAGCCCAUGCCUGGUGAAGGAAUAAGGCCAUCUUUGACAACACCCGCUCAUACUACACAGCCAACUCCUUUUAAAUUUAACUCAAAUUUCAAAUCAAAUGACGGGGACUUUACGUUUUCUUCACCACAGGUUAUAACACACCCCCCUUCUACAGCUUACAAUAAUAGUGAAAGCCUUUUAGGUCUCCUGACUUCAGAUAAACCUUUGCAAAGAGAUGGCUAUACUGGACCAAAACCAGUUCCAGGUCAAACCAUUGGUCCUCGGAAUACGUUCAAUUUUGGAAGCAAAAAUGUGUCUGCAGUCUCAUUUACAGAAAAUACAGGGCCAAAUCAGCAAAAGAAUCCCAGUUUUCGCCGAAGUGAUGAUAUGUUUACUUUCCACGGGCCUGGAAAGUCUGGAUUUGGAACACCUGCACCUGAACUGGCCAGUAAGAAUCUCGAGGCAGAAGGGGGAUGUGCCCCCGGGGAGGAGGAUGAAGAUGGCCCUCACUUCGAGCCUGUGGUGCCUCUGCCUGACAAGAUUGAAGUAAAAACGGGUGAGGAAGAUGAAGAAGAAUUCUUUUGUAAUCGUGCAAAAUUGUUCCGUUUUGAUGGAGAAUGCAAAGAAUGGAAGGAACGUGGGGUUGGCAACGUGAAAAUACUAAGGCAUAAAACAUCUGGUAAAAUUCGUCUUCUGAUGAGACGAGAGCAAGUACUGAAAAUCUGCGCCAAUCAUUACAUCAGUCCAGAUAUGAAACUGACACCAAAUGCAGGAUCAGACCGAUCUUUUGUGUGGCAUGCCCUUGAUUAUGCAGAUGAGUUGCCAAAGCCGGAACAGCUAGCUAUUAGGUUUAAAACUCCUGAUGAAGCAGCACUUUUUAAGUGCAAAUUUGAAGAGGCACAGAGUCUUUUAAAAGCAGCAAGAACAAAUGUAGCUGUAGCACCAAACCAGACCAUCAGAAUUGUAAAAGAAGCCACAAGUCACGAUAGCAAGGAUGUUUGCAAGUCUGAUGCUGGAAAUACAAAUUUUGAAUUUCAGGUUCCAAAGAAAGAAGCAUCUUGGUGGCAUUGUAGCAGCUGCUCAUUGAAGAAUGUUGGCAGUGCUAAGAAGUGUGUAUCAUGCCAAAACCUAAACCCAAGCAGUACAGAGCUCCGAGGCCCACUAUUAGUGGAAAGUGGUUCUGUUCCCAAAGCCAGUCCAGAAAGUGUUCAAGACCGAUUCAUGUUGAUGACGCCAAAGAAGGAGGGUCACUGGGAUUGCAGUGUUUGUUCACUAAGAAAUGAACUGGCUGUGUCCAGGUGCAUUGCAUGCCAGAACACACAGUCUCCUAACAAAAGCGCACCUUCGUUUGUGCGCGCUUCCUUUACAUUUGGCCAGGGAGAUCUUCCCCAGCCUGUCAACAGUGAUUUCAGAUCUGUGUUUUCUGCAAAAGAAGGACAGUGGGAUUGUAGUGUGUGCUUGGUGCGAAAUGAAGGAGGCAGUGUAAAAUGUGUCUCUUGUCAGAACCCAAGAAAACAGAGUCUGCCCACUCCUUCUGUGCCGGUACCUGGCUCUUUCAAGUUUGGUACUUCAGAGAUAAGUAAAACUUCAAAGAGUGUGUUUGAGGACAUGUUUGCUAAGAAGGAAGGCCAGUGGGAUUGCAGCGAGUGCUUAGUCCGGAAUGAAGCAAAUGCUGCAAAGUGUGUGGCUUGUCAGAAUCCAGCUAAGCCAAGUCCUUCUACUUCUGCUGCUCCAGCUUCUGCCUCCUUGAAGUUUGGAUCUUCAGAGAUGAGCAAGGCUCCGAAGAGUGGGUUUGAGGGCCUGUUCACCAAGAAGGAAGGCCAGUGGGAUUGCAGCGAGUGCUUGGUGCGCAAUGAAGCGAGUGCUGCCCAGUGUGUGGCUUGUCAGAACCCGAGUAGACAGAGUCAGCCUGCCCCUGCCAUCCCCGCGCCAGUCUCUGCAGACACAGGCAGGUCUCCACAGAGUGGACUGCAAGGAGUGCUUAGGAAAGAAGGACAGGGGCAUUGCAGUGUUUGUCUGGUACAAAGUGAGGGUUCUUCCGCACAGUGUGUGGCUUGUGAUGCUUGUAAACCUGCUCAUAAACCCACUGCAGAAGCUCCUUCAGCUUUCAUGGAGGGUUCAAAGGCAAAGCUUACUGAGUCUUCUGGAAGUCCAGUGGGAACAGGGUUUAAAAGUAACUUUCCAGAAAAAACAUUUAAGUUUGGCAUUACAGAGCAAGGAUUUAAGUUUGGGCAUGUGGAUCAAGAAAAUACCCCUUCAUUUACAUUUCAAGGUCCUGCUAAUACAGAAUUUAAGUCAAUAAAAGAAGGAUUUAGUUUUUCCAUUCCUGUGUCUGCUGAUGGGUUUAAGUUUGGCAUUCAGGAGCAAGGGAAUCAAGAGAAGAACAGUGAAAAGCACCUUGAAAAUGACGCUAGUUCCCAAGCUCAGGAUGUUAGCCAGAAAAAUGGGAGUGGUGUAAUUUUUGGGCAAACAAGUGGGACUUUUACCUUUGCAGAUCUUGCAAAAUCAACUUCAGGAGAAGGAUUUCAAUUUGGAAAGAAAGACCCUAAUUUCAAGGGGUUUUCAGGUGCUGGAGAAAAGUUAUUCUCAUCACAAAGUAGCAAACCGGCUGAGAAGGCCAGCACCUGUGCUGAUGGGGAGAAGGAUGACGAGGCCUACAGGACUGAGGACAGCGAUGACAUCCAUUUCGAACCUGUCGUGCAGAUGCCUGAGAAAGUGGAACUGGUAACAGGAGAGGAAGAUGAGAAAGUUUUGUAUUCACAGCGGGUGAAGUUAUUCAGGUUUGAUGCUGAAAUAAGUCAGUGGAAAGAAAGAGGUUUGGGAAACUUAAAAAUCCUCAAAAAUGAAGUCAAUGGCAAACUUAGGAUGUUGAUGCGAAGAGAACAAGUUCUGAAAGUGUGCGCCAAUCACUGGAUAACGACCACCAUGAACCUCAAGCCCCUGUCUGGCUCAGACAGAGCAUGGAUGUGGCUGGCUAGUGACUUCUCUGACGGUGAUGCCAAGCUGGAGCAGCUAGCGGCAAAAUUCAAAACACCAGAGCUGGCUGAGGAGUUCAAGCAGAAGUUCGAGGAGUGCCAGCGACUUCUCUUAGACAUUCCUCUGCAGACUCCCCAUAAACUUGUAGAUACUGGUAGAGCUGCCAGGUUGAUACAGAGAGCCGAGGAAAUGAAGAGUGGACUGAAAGAUUUCAAGACAUUUUUGACAAACGACCAAACAAAGGUUGUGGAUGAGGAGAGCAGUGGCCCAGCUGCUAGUGCUGGCAGUGCUGCAGACUCGGGGGUCAGGCGCAGCCCCGAAAACCAGGGGCCCUCGCUGGAGUGGGACAACUACGACCUGCGGGAAGAGGCUCUGGAUGACAGUGUUAGCAGCAGCUCAGUUCAUGCCUCACCACUGGCCAGCAGCCCUGUAAGGAAGAACCUCUUCCGCUUUGGAGAGUCCACCACUGGGUUCAACUUCAGUUUCAAAUCUGCCCUGAGCCCAUCUAAAUCUCCUGCCAAGUUGAGCCAGAGUAGGGCUUCAGUGGGCACUGAUGAAGAAUCAGAUGUGACUCAGGAAGAGGAGAGAGAUGGGCAGUACUUUGAGCCUGUGGUACCUUUACCUGAUCUAGUUGAAGUGUCCAGUGGGGAGGAGAAUGAACAAGUUGUUUUUAGUCACAGAGCAAAACUCUAUAGAUACGAUAAAGAUGUCGGCCAGUGGAAAGAGAGGGGGAUAGGUGACAUAAAGAUCUUACAGAAUUAUGAUAAUAAGCAGGUUCGCAUAGUGAUGAGAAGAGACCAGGUCUUAAAACUCUGUGCCAACCACAGGAUAACUCCAGACAUGACUCUGCAGACCAUGAAAGGAACAGAAAGAGUGUGGGUGUGGACUGCAUGUGAUUUUGCAGAUGGAGAACGAAAAGUAGAACAUUUAGCUGUUCGUUUUAAGCUACAAGAUGUUGCAGACUUGUUCAAGAAAAUUUUUGAUGAAGCAAAAGCAGCCCAAGAAAAAGAUUGUUUGAUAACGCCCCAGGUUUCUUGUUCAAGUACGCCCAGAGAGUCCCCCUGUGGCAAAAUCGCUGUAGCUGUGUUAGAGGAAACCACAAGAGAGAGGACAGAUGUGAUUCCAGGUGAUGAUGUAGCAGAUACAGCUUCUGAGAGUGGAGAGGUGCCUGGUGCAUCUGAAACCACAACAAAAGCCGUGGUUUCGCCCCCCAAGUUUGUAUUUGGUUCAGAGUCUGUUAAGAGCAUUUUUAGUAGUGAAAAAUCAAAACCAUUCACAUUUGGCAACAGUUCGGCUACUGGCUCUUUGUUUGGAUUUAGCUUUACUGCACCUUUGAAAAAUAGCAGAGAGACUAGUUCAGAGGUACCGACUGGAUCCGAAAGACAAGUGGAGCCUGGGGAAUGUGAGCCAUCACGGGAUGCUGGCCCUAGGCAGUCUUCACAAGGCGAACUCAAGAGUCUCUCUACCUCCUUCCCAAAGGAAGAGUCUCUAGCUAAUUACAUGUUUACAGCACCAGUGAAGGGAUUUAAUUUUAACCUUUUUAAAUCUAAUCCAAUGGCCUUUUGGACCAGCACCCUUUCCUCCCAGCCAGAGAGCACAGAGGAAAAGAAAACAGCUGAAGCCGCUGCCUCAGAUGACGAGGUUGUCAUUGUGUAUGAACUGACCCCCACUGCUGAGCAGAAAGCCCUGGCAGCCACUCUUCGGCUUCCCUCUACCUUCUUCUGCUACAAGAACAGACCAGAUUACGUUAGUGAAGAUGAAGAAGAUGAUGAAGAUUUUGAAACUGCUGUCAAGAAACUAAAUGGAAAACUCUACCUGGAUGAUUCAGAAAAAUGUAGGCCAUUGGAAGGAAAUCUAGCAGAUAAUGAGAAAGAGUGUGUUAUUGUUUGGGAAAAGAAGCCGACAGUUGAAGAGAAGGCAAAAGCAGAUACAUUAAAGCUUCCACCAACUUUUUUCUGUGGAGUCUGCAGUGAUACGGAGGAGGACAACGGAAAUGGGGAAGACUUUGAGGCUGAACUCCGGAAGGCGCAGGACGCCCAGAAGUCCCAGGGGGAGGACCCAAGCUGUUCGGCUGAUGGUGUAUGUUCAGCUGGAAUCACACCGGCUGCGCUAGAUCCUGUCUCCAAAGCUACCACUUCAUUGCCUGUUUUCUCUGGAACUGUGGACAAGCCUGUGGAUUUGUCUGCUAGAACAGAAAUUGAAGAAUCUGCAAGCCAAGUAGAAAACAAAGCAGUUUCAUUUGGAUUUGGAUGUGGCACAGGACUGUCAUUUGCAGACUUGGCUUCUAGUAAUUCUGGGGAUUUUGCUUUUGGCUCCAAAGAUAAAAACUUUCAGUGGGCGAAUACUGGAGCAGCUGUGUUUGGAACACAGUCAAGCCGUAAAGUUGGUGAAGAUGAAGACUGUAGUGAUGAUGAAGUAGUUCAUAGUGAAGACAUCCACUUUGAACCGAUAGUGUCAUUGCCAGAGGUGGAAGUAAAAUCUGGAGAAGAAGAUGAAGAAAUUUUAUUUAAAGAGCGAGCCAAACUGUAUCGAUGGGAUCGAGAUGCCAGUCAGUGGAAAGAGCGCGGUGUUGGGGACAUCAAGAUUCUCUGGCACACAGUGAAGAGUUAUUACCGGAUCCUGAUGAGAAGAGACCAGGUCUUCAAAGUGUGUGCAAACCAUGUUAUCACUAAAACAAUGGAGUUAAAGCCCUUGAAUGUUUCAAAUAAUGCUUUAGUCUGGACUGCCUCAGAUUAUGCAGAUGGAGAAGCAAAAGUGGAACAGCUUGCAGUGAGGUUUAAAACAAAGGAAAUGGCUGAAUGUUUUAAGAAAAAGUUUGAAGAAUGUCAGCAGAGUUUAUUGAAACUUCAGAAAGGACAAGUGUCACUGGCAGCAGAACUGUCAAAGGAGACCAACCCUGUGGUAUUCUUUGACGUUUGUGCAGAUGGGGAGCCUCUAGGAAGGGUAACCAUGGAGUUGUUUUCAGACAUCGUCCCUCACACUGCUGAGAACUUCAGGGCACUGUGCACUGGAGAGAAAGGCUUUGGUUUCAAGAACUCUACUUUUCAUAGAGUAAUUCCAGAUUUUGUCUGUCAAGGAGGAGAUAUCACCAAACAUGAUGGGACAGGAGGAAAGUCUAUUUAUGGAGAUAAAUUUGAAGAUGAAAACUUCGAUGUGAAGCACACUGGCCCUGGCUUACUAUCUAUGGCCAAUCGAGGCCGGGAUACGAAUAAUUCUCAGUUUUUCAUAACACUGAAAAAGGCAGAACAUUUGGACUUUAAACAUGUAGUAUUUGGGUUUGUUAAGGAUGGCAUGGAUACUGUGAAAAAGAUUGAAUCAUUUGGUUCUCCGAAAGGUUCUGUUAGUCGAAGAAUUAGUAUCACAGAAUGUGGACAGCUAUAGAAUCAUUGUUUCUCAUAGUAAAUUUUAUCUGUCUAAGCAGUUGAAUUGAAGCUUACCUGUUACAGACUAUAUGGUGAUUGUGUUCAGCUUUGGAAAGUGGACGUUUCCAUUGUAUAAAUGUAAAAUUGCAGCUUAUAGCUGUUGUCACUUUUUAAUGUGUUAUAAUUGACCUUGCAUGGUGUGAAAUAAAAAUUUAAACACUGAUGUA